AUGGAACUACAGAAAGCAUCAAACGGUCACCAUAUUCCCAACUCUGACAAAAAUAUUGAGAAUGGAUCUGAUGCACUUGAAAACAUGACAGAGGGUGAUGCCUUUCUCCCCAGUAAGAGUAAUGGAAAGACAGAAACUCAGUUUACAGAUUUUGUGGGAAAGACUUCUUUCGGAAUGUCUGUUUUCAACCUCAGCAAUGGCAUCAUGGGCAGUGGAAUUCUGGGACUGGCUUAUGCCAUGGCCAACACUGGAAUCAUCCUUUUUGUAAUCCUGUUGCUAUUCAUCGCUGUUCUCUCUGCCUACUCCAUACACCUGCUUCUGGAGUGUGCAGGAGUGGUUGGGAUCCGUGCAUAUGAACAGCUCGGGAACCAUGCAUUUGGUCAACCUGGGAAAAUAUUAGCAGUAUGCAUUAUAACAAUGAAUAACAUUGGAGCAAUGUCCAGUUUCCUGUUCAUUGUGAAAAUGGAGUUACCUCAUAUUAUUCAGGGUCUUCUGCCAGAUAACUCGGAUUCCUGGUUUGUUGACGGGAGGUAUCUCAUCAUUAUCGUCAGUGUCUUGGUCAUUCUUCCCCUGGCAUUGUUGAAACAACUUGGGUAUCUGGGCUACACCAGUGGUUUCUCCCUCAGCUGCAUGGUCUUCUUCCUUAUAUCUGUCAUCUACAAGAAGUUUGUCUCAGAGUGUCCUGAUGAACACAGCUAUAACAAAACUGUGCCCACUGAAAGCAUAUACAACUCCAUCAAUGACAUGUGUGAAGCUAAACUUAUAACUGUCAACCCAGAGACUGCUUUUACCAUUCCCAUUAUGGCGUUUGCUUUUGUGUGUCACCCUGCAGUGUUGCCCAUUUACACAGAACUCAAAAAUCCAAGCAAGAAACAUAUGCAAAAUGUUGCUAAUAUCUCUAUUUUGGCCGUGUUUGUCAUGUACCUGCUGACUGCCAUCUUUGGCUACCUCACCUUCUAUGGAAAUGUGGAGUCCGAGCUUCUGAAUAUGUACAGUAAAAAUGACACCCUGAUGCUGUGUGUUCGGCUGGCUGUGCUGAUAGCAGUGACACUGACCGUUCCCGUGGCACUUUUCCCGCUUCUUUUCCCAGAUAAACCUUUCCACUGGGUGCGUCACAUCUCCAUCGCUGUUUGCCUCCUCUUCUUAGUCAACCUGCUCGUCAUCUUUGUGCCCAACAUUCGUGACAUCUUCGGCUUCAUCGGUGCCACAUCUGCUCCCAGCCUCAUUUUUAUUCUUCCAGGAAUAUUCUAUAUUUACACCGUCCCUGAAGAAAAGGAGCCAUUGAAAUCUCAGCCAAAGAUCCAGGCGAUUGCAUUUGUGACACUGGGUUUCAUCUUCAUGAUUAUGAGCAUUACGUUCAUCAUAAUCGAGUGGGUCACCGGAAAGAAGACGUCGGUUUCCCACUGA